AUGCCUGUUGUAAUGCAAUUACUAGUUAGGUCUUGUUUAGAGCAUAAGAAAAUUGUAAUAUAUGUACUAUGUGAAUUGGACGAUUUGCAGGAGCAACUAUUUCCAGUGUACUUUCGCACUACUCUGCAGCAGACUGGGCGAACGAAGGUGGUGAUCCAUGUCUACCUGUUCCAUGGUCAUGGAUGGCUUGAUGGAAAUAUGUUGACUGGCCCAUUACCAGAUUUUACUGGGUGCAUGGACUUGAAGAUCAUUCAUCUUGAAAACAAUCAAUUGACGGGUGUGCUCCCAAGUUCUUUAGUGAACCUUCCAAGCUUGAGGGAAUUGUAUUUGCAAAAUAACAUGCUAUCUGGAACAAUACCAUCGGGUCUUCUUAGUAAGGAUUUGGCUUUGAAGUGA